AUAUUAAUGAGCCUUCCCUGUAGUAGGAUUGGCUGAGCGCAGCCGCAGACACCGGUCCGGUACUCGGUGCUGCUGACCUCUCCUAGUCCGCUUCUGCACAUGGGAUGUGUUUUCUCUUAGUUUGGCCUUGAUUUAAUACGGUGUCGGACAUUAGAGCAGUGGACGCAGCGGUGAUCGUAACAGAGCAUGUCCACCAUGGUUUACCCACAUGAGGAGAGACUAGAGAAGCUGACGCAGGAGGAGAUCAUCUCCAGCACUAAACUGGUGAUUCAGGGUCUGGAAGCUCUCAAGAGCGAGCACAACUCCAUCCUGCAGAGUCUGGUGGAGACCAUCCAGUGCUUAAAGAAAGAUGAGGAGGCCAGUUUGGUUCAUGAGAAGUCCAACCUGCUGCGCAAGUCUGUGGAGAUGAUUGAGCUGGGCCUGGGUGAAGCGCAGGUGAUGAUGGCCCUGUCCAACCACCUGAAUGCAGUGGAGUCAGAGAAGCAGAAGCUGCGUGCUCAGGUGCGGCGGCUCUGUCAGGAGAACCAGUGGCUGAGAGAUGAGCUAGCCAACACCCAGCAAAAGCUCCAGAAGAGCGAACAGAGCGUCGCACAGCUGGAGGAGGAGAAGAAACAUCUGGAGUUCAUGAACCAGCUCAAGAAAUAUGAUGAUGGCGUCUCUCCAGAGGAAGAGAAAAAUAGUGAGACUCCCAGAGAUGCCCUGGACGAUUUGUUUCCCAAUGAUGAAGACGACCAGGUCUCACACCGUCACAACAGUGCCGCGCUUGCUGCCGCUCAGCAGGGUGGGUAUGAGAUCCCAGCGCGCCUCAGGACCCUCCAUAACCUGGUGAUCCAGUACGCCGCUCAGGGCCGCUACGAGGUGGCCGUGCCUCUCUGCAAACAGGCUCUGGAGGACCUGGAGAAAACCUCUGGACACGACCAUCCUGAUGUGGCCACCAUGCUCAACAUCCUGGCUCUGGUCUACAGGGACCAGAACAAAUACAAGGAAGCUGCUCAUCUCCUUAAUGAUGCCCUGUCAAUCAGAGAAAAGACCCUGGGCCAUGACCACCCAGCUGUGGCGGCUACCCUCAACAACCUGGCGGUCCUGUACGGAAAGAGAGGGAAAUACAAGGAAGCAGAACCACUGUGCAAGAGAGCCUUGGAGAUCAGAGAGAAGGUGUUGGGGCGGGAGCACCCAGACGUGGCCAAGCAGCUGAAUAAUCUGGCUCUGCUCUGUCAGAACCAGGGGAAGUAUGAUGAGGUGGAGUAUUAUUACUGCAGGGCUCUGGAUAUCUACGAGAAAAAACUGGGACCUGACGACCCGAAUGUGGCCAAGACCAAAAACAACCUGGCUUCAUGCUAUCUGAAACAGGGCAAGUACAAGGAAGCUGAGAUCCUCUACAAAGAGAUCCUGACGCGCGCCCACGAGAAAGAUUUUGGAUCUGUAGAUGCUGAAAAUAAACCCAUCUGGAUGCACGCUGAGGAAAGACAAGAGAGCAAAGGAAAGUUGGCAGAUGGGAAUCAUUAUGGGGAAUACGGCGGCUGGUACAAAGCCUGCAAGGUGAACAGCCCCACGGUGAACACCACGCUGAGGAACCUGGGCGCUCUGUACCGUAAGCAGGGGAAAAUAGAGGCGGCUGAGACCCUAGAGGAGUGUGCCACGAGGUCCCGCAGACAGGGAGCGGCAGUGGAUCCUCAGAGAGAUGGAGAGAGGCGGAGGAGCACUGUAUCCAUCUCCAGCGUGAAGUACGACUGCAGCAAUGACACUGGAGAAGAUGGCAGUGUGGAGUGGAAUGGAGCCUAAGCUCUCCUCAUUUUCCUCUGUCUGCUCUUACAACAAAUCAGAUCUGAUGUAAAUGGAUUGCUCUCUUCCGGGUGGAGUGUGUGUGGAGAGAAGCCCAGCACAGCUUUAACUCUUGCUAAGGCUGAUGGGAUAUCAUCUUACAUUUCCUGUGUGUUCUCGCUCUCUCUUUCUCUGAUUCUUCCAAACACGGACUGAUGUUCCUCCUCGUUCUCUGCGAUGUCCGUUUUUCUGUCUGCAUUGUUAACUGUGCUACACUGAUUUAUAAUCUGUAAUAUACAACCUCAGUGAGACACACGUGUGAAACUUAUGAACAAGCCAAAUGAAAAGAAAUGAGAAAUUAGGUUGUCGUGAUAGUUAGGCACACUUCUCCCCCGUAAUGUCAAGAAAAUUCCCAAUAUCAUUACAGUAAUGUAAUAAAGAUUUUUUAAAUGUUCUUGAAAGAAGUCACUUAUUCUCACCAAGGCUGCAUGUAUUUGAUCAAAAACACAGUUAAAACAGUGAAAUAUUAUUACAGUUUAAAUUAAAUGUUUUCUAUGUGAACAUCUGUUAAACUGUAAUUUAUUUCUGUGAUGCGCAGCUGUAUUUUCAGCAUCAUUACUCCAGUCUUCAGAGUCACAUGAUCUUCAGAAAUCACUCUAAUAUGACGAUUCGCUGCUCAGGAAACAUUUCUGAUUAUUAUCAAUGUUAAAAACAGUCGUGCUGCUGAAUAGUUUUGUGGGAAUCACGAUAUACUUUUCAGGAUCCCUCAAAGAAUACAAAGUUCAAAAGAACAGCAUUUAUUUGAAAUAUAAUGUUUUACUUUAAGUCUUUACUGUUGCUUUGAUCAAUAAAAACCCCUAAACUUUUGACUGGUAGUAUAACUACAGAACAAAUAAUAUAAAUACUUCAGUAUACUGUUAUAUUAACUUGUGUUAUAUUUAAUGCCUGCAGAUUGUUUAGCAGAUAUUUCUGUUAAUGAAUACACAGGUGCCUAUUGUAAUGUUUAAUCUUGCAAAAGGGAAAGUGUAUAUGGAAACACAAUAGAGUCCAAAAAAGAGUCUGCUGAUGAUUUUGCAUUCUUUACCAAAUUAAUACAUUUCUUUUAUUUCCCAAUGAUAUCAUCGUCACAACAAUUGAAAGGUUAAAUUGGAAAAAUUAACAUGUAUUUCCAGAACAAAGAAAGUUGUAUAGUUUUGAAACAAUAUGAGGGCGAGUAAAUGCGAGUAAAUUCAUGCUAGUGACUUAAAAGUAGUGCAGAAUUUUAAAGAUCUCUUCUUCAUUUUCUUUAAUGUUUUCUUAGUUUUACUUUUAUAUCUUUGUUUUCAGAUUUUAUGGUCUCCAACUUUUGGACCUUGUUACAUAACUCAUGUUAUAGCACAGUAACCGUUCAGUUUAUUUAUCUUUAUUUUAUUCAGACUUUAAAAAUACUUGAAAUAGGUGUAUUAUUUGCUGCUCACAUUUUUUUUUUCCCACUCAUAAUCAUGUUUAGUUUUAGUUUAAGUGUUUGGUUGGGUAUGUGUCAAGUAGGCUAAACUCAUUCUUCAUUGGCUUUUGUGUUGCCAAAGACAUGUGACUUUAAGAAAGGACAAAAGUUCAGACUAAUCCUGCUCAGUAUGCCAACAGUGAGCUUCUUCAGAAACUGAAGCUAUUUUUGCAAUUCCGUGUGGUUUUGCUAAUGGCAUAGAAAUUACACACUUCAUCUUUCAAUGUAUUACUGUAUGUGUUCACAUUCAGGAUUGGUGAAUAAGUGCGGCUGUAGCAAAUUCUUCACUGUAGUCGAUUGACUGCAGAUUCAUGGGAUAUAUAUAUAUAUAUAUAUAUAU